ACCGUAUCUGCAGGCUGACUUGUCAUAAAUAUCUUGGUGUUGCUUCCAGAUCCUUUCCGGUUUUGUUCUCUCAGUAUAAGACGCAGGGCUCCACUAACUUCGCGCCGUGCUCGGGAUACAGGACUAAACUGAAGCUGAAAUCUAGCGAAACUCAGUCCGAAGUGGAUUACUUAAACUAGAGUCCUCUAAACUGCCUUUUCCCCUCCUCGGGUCAAAGGGCAGUCUGUAUUUAGUGAUGUAUUAAAAUUAGUUCACCAGCACUCCCAAGAAGAACUGCCUUGUUUUCGCUCAGUGGCUGGAAAAGGGAAUGGCUGAUUGAGGAACCGAUAAAGUAACUUUUCAAAAAGAUUUUAAAAUAAAUAAAUGAAGCAGUAAUGGCUUCGAAGGCCCUGGUGUUGUAUGAUUUCACAGCUGAGCCUGGAAACAAUGAAUUGACAGUGAAAGAAGGCGAGACAAUCACUAUUACUAACCAGACUAUCGGCGGAGGUUGGGUGGAAGCACAAAAUUCCAAAGGCGAAGUAGGUCUGGUUCCAGAAGACUAUAUUGAGGUCACUAAACCAUCCUCUGGUGGAAAUGCAGUACCUGACUUUUCAAUUUUUGACACCUUCUCAUCUACAACCACUAACACUACAAGCAAUCAGGUGGAUUUAGGUGGCUGCACAGCUCAGCCAGACACACCGGAGACUCCGGUCCCUGCUGCAGCUUCCCCCAAUGAGGCAAACGAUAGCAGCGACCCUUGGUCUACCUGGAAUGCUGGUACUACUGGAAACUCAACUAAUAAUUGGGGAGGAAAAACUGAGAGUACAGAAGCAGCAACACCAAACCCAGCAGGCAACUGGAACUCGACAGCACAUGGACACCCACAAGCAUACCAAGGUCCAGAUAUCUAUCCCUAUCCAUACCUAAUUGAUUGUGCAGGGGCUACAGAUGAUGAUGAAUGGGACGACGACUGGGAUGAACUCAAGUCAUCAGGGGGAUUCGCAGAGUCGGAAGCUGGAGAUGGAGGAGCCAUGAACCGUGCUGGAGCCCAUGGUUCAUCCAUGAAAAUUGCUCUGAACAAGUUUCCUGGAUUUUCUAAAUCGGGACCAGAGCUAUAUCUUCUCUCAAAACAACCCGUGAAGACAAAAGAAAAGAUACCAAUUUAUCUUGGAGAGGUUGGGCCAGUGUGGCUAUAUCCAGAAACACAGCUAGAUUGUGUUGUAGCAGAUCCCAAGAAGGGUUCCAAAAUGUAUGGCCUGAAGAGUUACAUUGAAUACCAAGUUACUCCAAGUACAACAAACAGACCUGUCAAUCACAGAUACAAGCACUUUGACUGGCUGUAUGAACGUCUUCUGGAUAAGUUUGGUUCUGCUAUUCCAAUUCCGUCUCUGCCAGAUAAACAGGUUACAGGCCGGUUUGAAGAGGAGUUCAUUAAGAUGCGGAUGGAAAGGCUCCAGGGCUGGAUGACCAGGAUGUGUCGGCAUCCUGUUAUUUCCUAUAGUGAGGUCUUCCAGCUUUUCCUCAGCUUCAAAGAUGAAAAGGAUUGGAAAACUGGGAAGAGGAAGGCUGAGAAAGAUGAAACAGUGGGAGUGAUGAUAUUUACCACAGUGGAACCUGAAGCUCCUGACCUGGAUCUAAUUGAAGUAGAACAGAAAUGUGAGCUGUUCAGUAGAUUCACAAAAGCCAUGGAUGAUGGAGUGAAAGAUCUUCUCAAUGUCGGCCAAGAGCAUUGGAAAAGAUGUACAGGACCUUUGCCAAAAGAAUACCAGAAGAUUGGGAAAGCACUACAGAAUCUUUCAUCGGUUUUUAAUACCAGUGGAUACCAAGGGGAAUCUACGCUCACAGAUGCAUUAACUGAAGCAGGAAAAACAUAUGAAGAAAUUGCUGCUUUGGUUGCAGAACAGCCAAAGAAGGACCUUCAUUUCCUGAUGGAAACCAAUAAUGAAUACAAAGGGCUUUUGGGAUGCUUUCCAGAUACAAUUGGUGUUCAUAAGGCAGCGAUAGAAAAGGUGAAGGAAGCUGAUAAAAUGGUUGCAGCGAGUAAAAUAACACAACAAGAAAAGCAGACAAUGGCCAAGCGUGUGAGCACUAUGUCUUACGCAUUGCAAGCUGAAAUGAAUCACUUCCACAGCAACCGUAUCUAUGACUACAACAGGGUCAUGCAGCUCUACCUGGAGCAGCAAGUGAAGUUUUAUGAAAUGAUUGCUGAGAAAUUGAGGCAGGCCCUCAACCAGUUCACCACUUUGUAGAGAUGACGCGCAGACUGAAGAAAUUCCAAAUCCAAAAAUCCAAAAUGUUCUUUUUCUAUAAUUCUUUAUAGAUACGUGUGUAUAAUGAAUUUAAUAUUAUAUAAUUUACUGUUACUCUUGAGCAAAUUAAGAAAGAAACGGGAGUGGCUUUAAGUCAUUACUGAUGCACUUUUGAUGGUUCCUGAACAGUACAAUUGCAAAAUCAUUGCCUUCCGUUUGGAGACGCUGUAGAUGUUUAAUGUUAAUAGAGAGUCGGUAUAAGGAUGAAGUUCUGAGGUCAGCUAUAGUAGAUUGUGAUUUGGAUGCAUUUCAUAAAUAUGCACUUAUUGUAUCCAUGAAAAAAUGUAUACACGAUCAAGGCAUAUUCUCUCAAAGCACAGCUGGAGUCCUUUAAAUAAUGUAAAGUGUAUUUUUGUAUUUAAAAUGAAGUGUGUUUAGGGUAAUUGUAUAUUACCAAUUGCAUGCGUAACAGGCUCAGUGCACUUUAACACAUGACAGCUCUUAAGAGUUACCCAGAUAAAUGUAUGAGGUUUAAAGAAUAAUGUCACGUGUUCAUCCACUGGGUUUGAAUGUUAUGCAAUAUGACCAUUACAAGUCUAUGAGUCAAAGGAAAGACAUUUUAUGUCCUUAAAGCUUGUUUAAAACUACUAACCAGUUUAUAGCAUCUAAUGUAUGCCAAACAAAAGUAGCAAGUUAGUAGAAUGCUGUAUUUAAUUACAUACUUUGACUAUUAAUUAAUGCUAGUGCUAAACACGUCCAUAUAAAACCAUGCUUGUACUCUCUAUUUUUUACAUCUGGUCUUUUUUUUUUGGCUUGUGACAUAUUUAUCUGGGUCAUUGUAAACUAUCACCAAAUACAAAAAGUCAUCAAAUGCAACCCUUUCCAAAGCUUUUGCCAAACACUGUUUUGUAUGUAUCUGUAAAAAUGCCUUUGCAGUACAGCUGUAGCCUUACUAUAAUAAAAGUCACAAUAUAAUUUGGAAUCAA